AUGGAUUUCGAAAGUCUUAAGAACCAGGUCAGCAAUUUGACACUGUACGAUGUCAAGGCCGGCGUCCGCAAGGUACAGAAUGCUGUCAUGAACCUCACAGAAAUGGAAGCCAAGGUGCGGGAAGCAACGAAUGGCGAUCCAUGGGGCGCAUCUGCAACAUUGAUGCAAGAGAUUGCACGAGGGACACACAACUACCAACAGUUGAACGAAAUCAUGCCCAUCAUAUACAAGCGAUUUACCGACAAGACUGCGGAAGAAUGGCGACAGAUAUACAAGGCACUUCAACUCCUUGAAUUUCUCGUCAAGAAUGGCUCCGAGAGAGUGGUCGACGACGCCAGGUCACAUCUGUCCCUCUUGCGGAUGCUGCGGCAGUUUCACUACAUCGAUCCAAACGGCAAAGACCAAGGUAUCAACGUGCGCAACCGAUCUGCAGAAUUGACGAAGCUACUCGGGGAUGUGGACGCCAUAAGAUCGGAGCGAAAGAAGGCACGCUCCAACAAGAACAAAUACGGUGGGGUUGAAGGUGGUGCGGGCGGUGGCUUCUCCAGCGGCAGUGGUGGACGAUAUGGUGGCUUCGGCAGCGAGACCGGUGGCUUCGGCGGGUAUCAAGGCGAGGUCUACGGGGACGGUGGUGGCUUCGGCGGACGGGAGACUGAUUUCUCUGGCACGCAGCGUCGAGCUGACCAGUUUGAGGAGUACGACGAGGAAGAGGAGGGUGCCAGUGGUCGACCUAGUGCGUCUCGGGCUACCAUCUCGAGUUCGGCGACUAGGAAGCCUGCGCCAAAGCCUAAAGAACCGGAACCAGAUCUGUUCGAAUUUGGGGAUGACGAACCAGCCACAAGCAGUGGCAAGGCGCCAGCUACCACAUCAGGAGGCCUUGCUGAUUUGUCUUCACCCGCAGCUACCGGGGAUGAUGAUGAUUUCGAUGACUUUCAAUCAGCGACUUCGCCUGCGGUGAGCGCCCCUCCUGGCGUCGGGCAGUUGGGUGGCAUACUUGCACCACCAACAGCCUCGACAACCACGGCUGCCACGCAGUUUGCGGCUCCGAAGCCUAUGGUAGCUUCGCAAGCGACAAAUAUCAGCAGCAUUCUGAGCACACCUUCACCCGCACCACCUUCAAGCGCGACGCCGUCGGUGGCCUCUUUGGCAUCGCCAUCAUCACAGUCGCAAGUAUCCCAGCCCUACAAGCCAUCUGGCCCGAACUACUUCGCAUCGGUGAAUGCAUCACUCAACAGCACACAGUCUACGCCGUCUGCAUUCGCGGCUCGGCCGACUGCCAGUACAGCCAAUCAAUCCUCCUUCAGCUCAUCGAAAACGACCAAGACCACCAUGGCCGACUUGGGCAAAUCGACAGCCAAGCCAGGUGGUGCAGCGCCCGGCUCCGGUGACGCUUUCGCUUCGCUGUGGUCCAAUGCAGGCUCAAAAGCAGGCGUUCAGAAGACUGCUACCUCAAAAGGGCCAGAUCUUGCAAGUAUGGCCAAGGCAAAGACAGAUGCAGGCAUUUGGGGCGCUCCAGCUGCAUCAACGACACUGCAGCAACGGCCAGGGGCGACGAACCCGACCCCGAAUACCGCUGCGCAGAAUUCGAAACCUUUGGGGAAUGGACUAGAUGAUCUACUAGGAUGA